CGGAAGCGGAUGGGAUGAUGGCGGCCGUGCAGCGGGGCUCAAGUAAAUGGCUCUUCACCCAAGAACAGCUCGAAAACACCCCGUCCCGCCGCUGCGGUGUCGAGCCCGACCGGGAGCUCUCAUACCGACAACAAGCCGCCAACCUCAUCCAGGACAUGGGACAGAGAUUAAACGUAUCCCAGCUCACAAUUAACACCGCAAUUGUCUACAUGCACAGAUUUUAUAUUCUUAAUUCCUUUACAAAAUUCCAUAGAAAUGUAAUCACACCCACCACACUGUUUUUGGCUGCUAAAGUGGAGGAGCAGCCCAGAAAACUGGAACACGUCAUUAAAGUAGCACAUGCUUGCUUGAACCCUCAUGAUCCUCCACUGGAUACUAAGAGCAAUGCGUAUCUCCAGCAAGCCCAAGAGCUGGUGCUGUUGGAGACCAUAGUGUUGCAGACACUCGGGUUUGAGAUUACAAUAGAGCAUCCACACACAGAUGUGGUGAGAUGUUCCCAGCUAGUGCGAGCGAGCAAGGACUUGGCCCAGACCUCCUAUUUCAUGGCUACCAACAGUCUACACCUGACCACCUUCUGCUUGCAGCACAAACCCACAGUGGUGGCGUGUGUUUGUAUUCACCUGGCCUGCAAGUGGUCCAACUGGGAGAUCCCAGUCUCUUCAGAUGGUAAACACUGGUGGGAAUAUGUGGACCGGACUGUGACACUGCAACUUCUUGAUGACCUGACGCAUGAGUUUCUACAGAUCUUGGAGAAAACCCCAAGUAGAUUAAAAAGAAUCCGAAACUGGCGGGCGACGCAAGCUGCCAAGAAACCAAAACUCGACAACCAAUCAAUGGAUAGUCCCUUCCAGGCACCUUCUCUAAACCUUGACACCUCAUUGAUGUCGAGCAUGUGUGACAUCCGAGGGGGCUUGUAUUCUGAACCUUCCACCUCUUUCCCAUUGGAUGGGGUUUCGUUGGCUCUCAACGGCCUGUCGAACUUGCAGGAUUCUUCCUUCUGCUUUCCAGCACCAGUUGCCCUGAGCGCCGAUGCUUUCUUAGCGCUCCAGGGGGCGCCAGUUAGCAAACAUGGACAUAGCUCGGCAUCUCUCGCCCCUGAGAAACUUACUCUAGAGAAAUACCGCGAAAAACAGGUGGCUGAUUUGGAGCAAAGACGCAGACACGAAGACGACGAGAGUGACCAUCGCAAACAUGGGCAUUUAACGUCCGAACAAUCUACUUCAGUCAGGGUGAAGUGUUCGCAAGUACAGGAGCGACCAUUGAAAAGCGGGUCGCUCAAACGACGGCACCCGUCAUCGUUGGAAAAUGGUUCCGCCAGUCAGGAAGAACUGAAGAUGAAGAUCAAGGUUUCAUCGGAAAGUAGCGGAAGCAGCAGCAGCAGUAAAAGCCGACACAGUCCGCGCUCCAGCCACGAGAAACAUCGUGAACAUUCAUCGCACAAAGUGCAGAGAAACGACUCGUCGCAUACGCGCACACACUCUCACACACACAGUGGCCACCAUCACCACCACCAUCACCAUUCAUCGUCCAAAACUCACAGAUCUUCCAAGAGCCACUCCUCCUCUGCCUCCAUAUCUGUCAGCCAACCGCUAGGCCACGGCCAUUUGGCGAAGAUUGACAGGAGGCUGGGGGAGGGGCAGAGUUCUGAACCCAAUGCUGCUUUAAUUAAUAACGGUCCACACAUGGAUUACGAAGACACUUUUAAUAUGCUUGAUUCUCUAUUAAAUGCACACAAUUUCUAGAUUAGUGAAGAAAUCGAACGAUUUUGCGCGAAACCUCAAAAAAUGUGCGAUUGUCUCUCUUGAGCUAACUUUAUGCAAGAAUCAGUCGUCCGUUACAUGUCAUAGUCACUUUUUGAUUUUAUAAUGUUUUAUCGCUGAAUUUAAAAUGAAAAAAAGAGAGGAAAAAAAAAAAUGAAGGUUGUGUUUAACGUACUACAAAUGUGUAUUUACGAGCUUUCUAAGAAAUGUGAACGGAUUGCGAAAUGCCUCUGGUCAUUUUUUGUUUUAGGUGGUUAAACACGAUGUGAAGCGAAUAUGUAUAUGUUCUUUAUGCCUGGUUCAUGUUUUUAUUUCGUUAAUCAAAGGGAUGAAAAUAGAAAGGUGUGACUGUUUACAAAAGGAAGGUGCAGAUAUCUGUUCACUGUUAUUUGUAUCGAUAUAUCUAUGUCUAAAUAUUUCACAAAUGCUCAGGUUUGGACGUUUCUAAGGUGAAAAACAACCCAAGUUGAAUUGUAACAGUUGAAAUGUUGAUUUCGAGGAUUCUAGCGGAAAUGACAUGUUUUUUCCGAAUCGCAAAUACCUGACCACAUAUUCCACUAUAUCUCUGUGUAUUUUACAUUUACAUACUGUAACGUUAUCUUUCUUUUUUUUGGUUGUUUUGUUAAAACGGUGAACUGAAUUGCAUAGUAACUGUUUGUCUUCAGAUUUGAAAACUUUACUGACGUAAUUCCACUUCGCUUUAUCGACCCUUUAAGGUAGUGGUAUUGUGGUAAUCAAAACGUUUCACCCGUUUCUGAAAUCGAGAGGAGAGCAUUGUGGGUAUUUUCUGUUUUUCAAAUUGUGUACCAGGUUUGAAUGGAUAAGAUCACGUCCCAGAAUUCUCGCCUGAUCUGUUCUGUUCAUUGUGGUGUAUUUUUGAGCCUUAACUGACCGAUUUAAUCAAACAAAUAUUUUUUUUUUGUGUCCCAUUUCAUCUAAUCUGUAUUAGGGACUUGCUCAGAAUUCAAGAUAUUCUGUUCUUGUCUCCUCUCCUAAUUAGCUGCUGAUUCUGAUUGGUUAGAUAGGGGGCUGCCAAAUCACAUGAACCCGCAGUCAAUUUCCUUUCCCUGUUUUUAUUGGUUUGAAUAGAGAUAAAGAGGAGAAACUCUGGGAACUCACUCUGUAUGUGGCCUGGAUUUAUAUUUCCGUUUAAAGAGUGUUUUGUCAUGCUGUUUUAACCUCCAUUCACCAAAGGUUGUGCCUCAGUGUUUGCCCACCAGUGGAACUGUAUGAAACUUAUUGGUGUCUGUAAUUUUUUACAUUUGAUUUGAAUUGGAAUGCUACAAUUCUUGAUAAUAGUGUUAGAUCGAAGUCUGUAUGGAUGAUGUUGGAUUGUCUAAUAAACAUCCAAUAAAAUUGCUUA